AUGACCAGCAUGACUACAGCAGCACCUAUAACUCCACAAUUUUAUCACAUGAUAAGCAUACCCGAGUUUGUGCCAAACAGUGAAACGUUUGCAAUUUGGAAAGAAAAAUUUGAAAUACACAUGUGCGAGCAAAGUGUGAGUGAAGAAAAUGCAAAAAAAUCAACGUUGUUGAAAUCAAUUGGAACAGGCCCGUAUGGUGUAUUACACAGUUUAUGCAGUCCAGAUUCACCUGUAUCAAAGUCAUACAAGGAAAUUUGCGAAAUACUUUCAACGCACUACACACCACCUACACUUGUUUUUCGAGAACGAAAAAAGUUUCAUAUGGCAGUCAAAGGCGAAAAUGAGACAAUUGCAGAAUGGUAUGCCCGUUUAAAACAGUUGGCAUGUAGCUGUAAAUUUGGUGUCUAUUUGGAAGCAUUCGUACUUAACCAAUUUGUGAUGAGUCUUCCUAAUGCAAUAUUUGAACGCAUGUGCGAAGAAGAUGAACGUCUAUCUCUUUCUGACGCACUAAGAAAGGCAAUGAUAAUGGAGACCAAAGAUUUUGCAAAGAGGACAGGAGAGAACAUCAGUUACGUGAACAGAAGCAGCGCAAAUCAAAGAAAAAAGCGAAACUGCAACAAUAGAAACAACGGCAGUUAUGACACUGGAAGUUUCAAGGGCAACGGAAGAUCACAUGGGAUGAACUUCAAAAGCAGUAGCAGCGACGGUAGUGACGGCGACGCAGGCAGAGGCAAAAAGCAGCAGAAAUUCUGUGUGCACUGUGGUUGGAAAAAUCAUCGAUCUGAAGAGUGCAAGUACAAACAUCUAAAUUGUCACACUUGUGGGAAGAAGGGUCAUUUGGCGAGCGUAUCGUGGCACCAACUUCUUCUGGUGAGGUUUACGUGUUACCGGUUACAAUUGAUGGUUGUAACAUGAACGUCACUUGCGAUACUGGAGCAUCUUGUACAAUUAUUCCAUAUUCAGUUUAUGAGAAGGCAGUGAUGAAGAAGCCGCUCAGAGAAUGUAAUGUUCCGUACAUGGACUACAAUGGUCGUCUUAUUGAAAUUGUCGGUGAGUACGAUGCAACAAUUGAAUAUCGAGGCAUAAGAAAAGAAAUGGUUAUAGUAGUUGCGAAAACAAUGAGUCCAGCUUUACUUGGUAGAACAUUUUUGAGAUCGUUUAAUUUUGAAUUAGUUCAAGUUAACAAUGUUAGCGAAAGUGAACAACUCUCUGUACUUACAAAACAAAUAAAAAGUGAAUUUGCAGAUGUGUUUAGACCCGAAUUAGGUUCUUUUAAUGGGAGCAAAAUUAUGUUACAAAUAGCGGAAAACACCAAGCCAAUAUUUUUCAAGCCUAGGCCGCUACCAUUAGCAUGGAAAGACCGCGUUGAACAAAAAUUACGCGCUUUGAUUGAGUUAGGAGUUUUAGAACAAGUUGAUAGUUCUGAUUGGGGAACCCCAUUGGUUCCGAUUCUUAAGCCAGAUGGUGAUAUAAGAAUUUGUGGAGACUACAAAGUUUCCGUAAAUAGAUCAUUAGUCGAUGUACGAUAUCCGUUACCACGAAUUGAUGAUAUUUUUGCAGCACUUCAAGGAGGCGUAUUAUACACUAAACUUGAUUUAAGCAAUGCUUAUAACCAGUUGCACCUAGAUGAGCAAUCUCAGUUGUUGUGCACAUGGAGCACACAUAUUGGACUUUUAAAAGUCAAACGAUUACCUUUUGGUAUAAAAACAGCAGCAGCAAUAUUCCAAAAGACAAUGGAAUGUUUAUUCCAAGGAAUAAAAGGAGUCGUAGUUUAUCAGGACGACAUUACAGUAACAGGAAGCAAUCUUCAAGAACACAUUUCAAAUUUAAAAACAGUUCUUAGCAAGCUGAAAUCAGCCGGACUAACUUUAAAUGCAAACAAAUGUGAAUUUUUCAAAUCUAAAAUUCGUUACUUAGGGUUCUCAAUAGACAGGUACGGAUUAAGCAAAAAUGUUGAUAGAGUUUCCAGCGUUUUACUAGCACCCACACCUAAAAAUGUAUCUGAAUUACGAGCAUUCAUUGGAAUGGUGAAUUAUUAUUCAAAGUUUGUUAAAAACUUCGCACAGAUAAUGAGUCCAUUAUAUGUACUUUUGCAGAAAGAUUCAAAAUUUGUUUGGACAGUUGAAUGUAACAAAGCAUAUGAGAGAAUUAAAAGUGAGAUAACUUCAGAACAAGUCUUAGUGCAUUAUGACGCAAACUUGCCUAUUGUCUUAACGACUGAUGCCAGUAGUAAUGCCGUAUCUGGCGUACUAGCACAUAGAUUUGCUGAUGGUCUUAAACCGAUAGCAUUUGUUUCCAGAGCCUUAUCAAAAAGUGAAAUUAAUUAUAGCACACUGGAUAAGGAAGCUCUCGCGAUUGUAUAUAGUGUAAUGAAGUUGAAACAAUACCUUCUAGGGAUCAAGUUCAUCUUGAGAACUGAUCAUAAGCCCCUCUUGGGAAUAUUUGGAGAUAAAAAAGGAUUGCCACUUAUGGCGUCUGCACGUUUGCAGAGGUGGGCUUUAAUAUUGUCAGGAUUUCAGUACACAG